AUGGAUGAAACAGUAAGUGAUGAGCUGACUGAAGUGGGUGUGGAGGACGUUACACAUGUUCGAAGUAAAGGUUGUGAAUUAUCAUUGAAGCCUGGCAGCUCUAGCAUGCUGGAACAUAAUGAAAUGUUCAUGCCUUGUGAGGAUGAUUAUCAUGAAAAAUUGAACUACUUAGUUUCAGAUACUUUGGAUGUAAAGAACCUAGAAAGAAUUGGUUCUUCUGAACAUGCUAGUACCAGUCCACGUUGCAUGGAUGGUGCUGGGAUCGUGGUUGAAGAGUUGACUUUGAGAAAUUAUGACUGUAAAAAGUCGGCUGUUGUAGGCAUUUCGAACAAUAGAGAUAGAAAGCAAACGAUGCAGAACCAGUGGGAGCACUUGUAUCAGAUGACAGGCGAAUCAGGAAUUAACUGCUUGCAAGGACAAACAGGGUACAAUGAAAAAUGUCGAGCAAAACCAAGUAUCUUGGACGAUGGGGGUAACACUUCCUGUCCCAGGUUUCAAGAUCAGCAACCACUAUAUUUCAAUUGUAACCCAAUGAUGAGCAAUUUAUUAAAUAAUUCUGAUAUAGGUACAUCAUAUGAUCUGUUUUACCCAUCUGAAACCACUAGUCCAAAAAUUUUAUCAAAAUUUGGAUUCUCAGAGUACUCCAUAAAAGGUACAUUGAGAAAAGAGGGAUUAAUACAUCAAAACUCUGUUCGCAUAGGAUCUGGUAGUGAGUCUGUGGACCAUACACGCACUAAAUCGGCUGACCGUACAUGCUUUAAACUUGAGACCGCCGGCUUGGCUGAUUCUGUUGCACCUUUAGGUUUUACUUCCGCUACUUUUUCACCUCCUGUCAGUGUUUCUGAACCAUGGACUAAUUGUAAUUCUCAUUUUGUGGGCGACGGAAUCAGUUUGAGAGAAUGGCUGGAAGCAGGUCGAAAUAAGUCAAAUAGAGUUGAGAGCUUGAGUAUAUUUAGACAGAUUGUGACUCUUGUGGAUUUUAAGCAUUCUCAAGGAGUUGUGCUGCAAGACUUGAGGCCUUCCUGCUUCAAGUUGUUGGGAUCAUACGAGGUGUUGUACCUUGGAUCUUCUGUACACACUGGGGUCACCAUAAGUUUUACAGAUCAAGUUAAUUCCCAUUCAGGUCGUAGUCCAAAUGAAAAAAGACAAAUGCAUGCUAGCAUGCUUCCUUUGGGCUGCCAUUCCACGAAGAAGUGGAAAUUAGGUGGGAACAUGAACCGCGUGCCAAGGUGGCCACAAUUUCCUUCCAGGUCAGGUGUUAGAUCUGCAUCUGAAAAUGUUACUAAAGCAGAUAUUGAUGGGCCACAAGAUUCUUGGAAUGAUUCUGAUGAGGAAGAACACCCUAAAACGGAGUGUAAGAACCAAAGCAAAUUCUACAACAGUGAUGUAUUUAGUAAAUUGCAGCCAUCGCAGGCUUUUGUAAGCUGUAUGUCAGAAGAGAAGUGGUAUACGAGUCCAGAGCUGUCCACUGGAAGGGGCUGCACGUUUGCAUCAAAUAUAUUUUGUCUAGGGGUUCUUCUGUUUGAGUUACUUGGCUUAUAUGAUUCUGGAAGAUCUCGUGCUGCUGCAAUGCUUGAUUUACGCCAUAGGAUUCUUCCUUCUGGCUUUCUUUCAGAGAAUCCCGAGGAAGCUGGAUACUGUCUUUGGCUUCUUCACCCUGAACCUGCAUCACGCCCAACAAUCAGGGAAAUUCUACAAUCUGGAUUUGUAAGUGGAACUCAAGGCCUCUCUGGACACCAGUUAUUGUCAUCAAUUGAUGAAGAAGAUGGAGAAUCAGAAUUGUUAUUGUAUUUUCUUGUGUCACUGAAAGAGCAAAAACAAAAGGAUGUAUCCAAGAUAGUGGAACAAAUCCAGUGCAUAGAAGCAGACAUCAAAGCGGUUGAGAAAAGGCAGCCUAACAAAUCAUUGGUUUUAUCUUCCAUACCUCAGGAGCUUCUCACUGCAAGUGGACAGUCAACUUUGGAUGUGCCUUCAAAGAUGUCCCCUGUGUGUGAUAACAAAAUAAAUUCGAAGAGGAAUGUUAGGAUGCUUGAAAGUGCUUACUUUUCCUUGAGACCCAAUAUCCAGCUUCCAGAUACUGAUGUUGCGACUCAUAGAGAUGGAGAGCUGUUGAAAAGUCGAGAAAACUGGUGCAUCACUGCUAAGGACAGACAAAAAUACAAAAUUGCAGAUCGCUUAGGGGGUUUCUUAGAUGGUUUGUGCAAAUAUGCUCACUAUAAUAAAUUCAAAUUACGAGGGAUAUCAAGGAAUGCAGAUUUCAGUAAUUCAGCAAAUGUAAUAUGUUCAUUGGGUUUUGACCGGGAUGAGGACUAUCUAGCUGCUGCUGGAGUGUCGAAGAAGAUACAAAUAUCUGAAUUUCAAGCUCUCUCUACUGAUUUCGUUGACCUUCAUUAUCCAGUUACUGAGAUGGCAAACAAGUCAAAACUCAGCUGCAUUUGCUGGAAUAGCUACAUCAGGAAUUACCUUGCUUCAUCUGAUUAUGAUGGCAUAGUUAAGUUAUGGGAUGCGUCAACAGGGCAAGAGUUUUCUCAUUUCAUUGAGCACAGUGAAAGGGCAUGGUCUGUUGAUUUCUCUCGUGUGGAUCCCUCAAAACUAGCCAGUGGAAGUGAUGACCGUCUGGUAAAACUUUGGAGCAUCAACGAGAAAAACAGUAUAUGCACAAUAAGGAACAACGCAAAUAUCUGCUGCGUUCAGUUUUCCACUGACUCCGCUCAUUUACUGAUGCCUGACCUUCUGCAUGGUUUGGUUGGGCAUGCAUUGGUCAUCAAGCCUUCUACAUUCGAGAAACUGCUUCCAGCACUUACAUCACUCUGGGAUGGAAUAGUUUUAGUGCUUAUUAAACUGAUCUUUCUUCUUUGGUGCAGAAAAACAUUUUCCACUGACUCCGCUCAUUUGUUGGCUUUUAGUGCUGCCUAUUAUAAGACCUAUUGCUUCGAUCUUCGCAAAGUUUCAACUCCUUGGUGCAUAUUGGCUGGCCAUGAGAAAGCUGUUAGCUAUGUAAAAUUCUUGGAUGCGGGAACUAUUGUUUCUGCAUCCACUGACAACACACUGAAGAUUUGGGAUCUCAGUAAAACGAGUUCCAAUUGUUUAUCAAGGGAUGCUUGCAUGUUAACUCUUAGAGGACAUACUAAUGAGAAGAACUUCGUUGGUCUAUCAGUUGCUGAUGGUUACAUAGCCUGUGGUUCGGAGACAAAUGAGGUGUUCGCCUAUUAUAAAUCUCUGCCGAUGCCAAUUACUUCCCACAAGUUCGGCUCCAUUGAUUCCAUUUCUGGUAAGGAGACUGAAGAUGAUAAUGGACAGUUUGUUUCUAGUGUUUGCUGGAGACAGAAAUCAAAUAUGGUGGUUGCUGCCAAUUCCACUGGUUGUAUAAAACUUCUUGAGAUGGUUUAG